GCGAGUCCCCCUUUUUAGAGCUCCGAGGCGUUUAUUUUUCUUUCUUAUUUCUUCUUUCUAAACUAAACUUUUCACUUUCUUAUUUGGCGCUGCCUUUUUUGACUAUACUUUGUUUCUCGUCUUCUCGUUUUCACGAAGACACUUUUUAACGCUCAUUAUAACUUUCCAAUUUACGUUGCUUAUAACUUAUUGCAUUCGACAACCCUUUAUUAUUUCUAUUUCUAUUUCUUAACACCAACCAUGCCUCUUUACGGAACAGCGAUCGAGGUGCGCGACGAGCAAAAGGCACGAGUGCUGCAACAGGGCGGCCGCGUGCUAAAGUUCACCAAUAACGGCGGCAAGAUUUACUUCCGGUACUAUUUCCCACACCCGAGUCAACUCACCUGGAACAAGCUAACAAGCGGCCUGCGCGUUCUUUUCAGCAUAGCUUCAAUGGACAUCUACAUCCGGUACACGGACCCUGAUGGUUCCCAAAUCAUAGUCAACGACGACAGCGGGCUGAAAAUCAUGUUUGACGAAACAAAGGGUAGUGAUGUCAUCCAUGUCGAAGUCAUUUCAGAGGACAACCCGCUGUCAAUGCCAAACUCGAUACCGGGAAUUGACAAGCCGCCAUCAAUGAGCGGCACGCCCACGAUGGCCAUGCCCAUGCCAGCACCUGGGUUCCCUGGCAUGGAGGCGAGCCGCCCCGGGUCGGCGAUGAGUAUGGGAAAUAAUGCAGCCGCGGGGCCUCCUCGCCCUCCCGCGCAGCCUAUGACCAUGUCAAUGGCACAGCCAAUGCCGCCUAAUUCGGGAAACUCUAACCACCCAGGCCCGGUGUCGCAAAUCAUGCCCGGGCCGUUUGUUGCACCAGGACCCGCCGCUCAUGGUGCGCCUCAGGGCGCGUAUGGGCGCAUGGACAACUUCUCGACCGCCACACUACCGCCUCCCAAUCCUCAGGAGCCGCUGAAAUAGAUCCCCUUUUUAAAGUCUUUUUUGUUUUUUGUUUGCGCUCCAUUACUCGUGGUCAAUGUCCAAUAUAUACUUUUAUUUUCCAUUGUUAUUUCAUACAUACAAUAAUGCAAUCAUCCUGUGGUGCCCAACACACAUUUCAAGCCACUACCUUUCCUUUUCAAGAACUAAGAUCGUCCUCAUGGC